GUCCCUCAGCAUCGGUGGUAAACAGGUGGAGACGUUCGAGUGCGUGAGAGAUGGAACAGCCUGCGCUUAUAGCGCUUACCACAGCACCAAGGGUAUAUCGGCAAGUGCUCGCGGCCAUCGCGAAGAAUUAUCGAUAUCCAUGCGUGUUAUGGGUUCUGGUUACCUGAGCACGUGUCUGCAGAUCAAGUAUUACCGACAGCACGAUCAGAGUCAUUGCGAAUGGGGCGUUAGGUUGCACUGCAUCGAACUGGACUGUUCCAGCGUAGAGGGUAGAUUGGUCACGGUGGAUCGAGAAACUUACAGAAAACUCGGCAUAGAAUCCUAG